AUGUUGGCUGAUUUCGUGCAAAUUCGGUGUCAAGUGUUGCAAAAUUCGAAUCCAGUGUCAAGACCUAAUGAGGGACACAAAACUCAGUUUAAAUCUAAAGUCUCAUUAACUACAUCGUCGAAUUCUCAAGCAGGAUCAUGCGUGAUAUGUAAGGCCAGACACGCAGUGUACCAGUGUCCGAAGUUUACACAGCAGAACGCGAAACAACGCUUUCGACUUGUGAAGUCAAACCGGUUAUGUACGAACUGCUUGAGUGCGUCCCACAAAACGUCUGAAUGCGAGUCUACAUAUACCUGCCGUCAUUGUGCACUCAAACACCACUCGUUAUUACACUUGGACGCAACACAAAGGCAAAAAGGUUCCUGCCCUCCAAAUAACAGUAUUAGCACCAAUCAAUCAACAUCCACGUCUUCAGCUACAUCCGCACCAACCGUGUCUAAUACGGUCGAUAGUGUGCCGUUUGUGGGGACGUCUAGCUCGAAAACCAACGUAGUAUUAGGUACAGCUAUUAUCCGCAUACGUGAUAAUUGUGGACAAUUAUCUCCUGUUCGUGCGCUUAUUGAUACUGGGUCACAAAUAUCCGUUAUUACUACUGCGUGCGUGUCAAGAUUGGGCAUUAAACGUAGGUAUUGUAAGACCGUGGUAGCUGGUUUGUCACAAACAUCAGUAUCCACAACAAAGGGCUCAACUAAUCGCACGUUAGUACCCUGUAACUCGACAUCACCAGAAAUUUAUUGUGAACCUGUAAUUUUGUCUAGGAUUACUGGACCGAUGCCGAACGUACUAUUACCUAGUAACAUUCGUACUACCUAUUCACAUUUAACGCUUGCCGACCCUCAUUUCGACGUACCAGGUCAUAUUGAUUUCUUGCUGGGCGCAGAUAUUUACCCGUAUAUAUUAGGACAAUCUUGUCAGGUACUACAUACGUCAAAUUGUCCAUCAGCUUUCGAAACACGUUUAGGGUGGAUAAUAGUGGGUCAAUCUUCUGCGGACUCGCGUAUACCCCCGGUUCCCUUAUUGUUGACACCGGAGCCUUCGAUAGACCAUCUAAUCCAGCAGUUCUGGGCCGUCGAAGAACCAGUACCAACGAAUAGUACGUUCACUACCGACCAACUGUGUGAAGACCAUUUUAUUCGUACAACAACUCGCGAUAGUACGGGUAGAUACUCAUUAGCACUACCAUUCAGUAUCGACCCAUCGUGUCUUGGCGAUUCUCGGGACAUGGCGAUAUCGCGGUUCUAUAAUUUGGAACGUAAAUUGUUGAAAGACCCGCAGGUAUAUGAGCAUUAUCGCCUGUUCAUGCUUGAGUAUGAAAACCUUGGUCACAUGAAGAUGUGUUCAAAACCGGGAAAAUAUUAUGUUCCCCAUCAUGCCGUGGUGAAACGAUAUGGACCAAAAAUGAAACUUCGAGUGGUCUUUGACGCUUCGGCCAAGUCGUCUUCGGGAAAGUCAUUGAACGAUUUGCUCCAUGUUGGACCUAAGUUACAGACAGAUAUCACCGAAUUGUUACACCGUUCUCGUUUUAACCAAUAUAUAUUCACCGCGGACAUUUGUAAAAUGUACCGCCAAAUUAGAAUUCAUACAGAAGAUUGUCAAUACCAGCAUAUAUUCUGGCGUGCAACACCACAAGAACCCCUACGUGACUAUGAGCUUACGACGAUUACGUAUGGACUCACGUCGUCUCCGUUCCAAGCGAUUCGAGUGUUGCACGAAUUAGAGCAAAACGAUGGACAUCUUUAUCCGACAACCAGUAAUGUUUUGUCAACACAAACCUACGUUGACGAUAUUCUGACUGGUCGCAAUACCGUUAAAGAUUUACUUGAACUACAGGACGAAAUCACCGAGAUGCUCGGCCGAGGUGGUUUUGAGUUAAAAAAAUGGUCGUCAAACUGUAAAGAAUUACUCUCUAAAGUUCUAAAUGAAGAUCAAGCUAAUAGUUUGUCUUUUGAUCCUAAAGACGAUGCGGGAGUAAGAAUACUUGGAUUACAUUGGAAUCCAGCUGCCGAUACCUUUACUUAUCAUACGUCAUCCAUAAUAUCUAAUAUUCAUACCAAAAGAUCAGUGUUGUCAACGAUCGCCAAACUAUAUGAUCCUCUUGGUGCUCUUGCUCCCAUCAUAUUUUGA